UUUUUUAACUCUUUGAAUGGAACAACAGAUUUUCCCCAAAAGAUUUGACUUUAACAAUUUUCAGAAAACAUAAGUCAGGGUGUGGUUCAAUUACACAGAGAGAAAUUGUAGUGAAAUAGUGUUCCCUGUAAUAAUUACCCACAAAGGAGCACAGUGGAGCCACUCCUGCAUUAAAAUUACAGUAUCAUAUGUAAGUUAUUAUUAAUUAACCAGAGAUGCCAGGAGCUUGUCAGUUUCCAACUGCUAUUUUGAGGAGAGCUAAAGUUUCUUUUUUGCCAGUUAUUAUUAUUAUUAAUAUUUCAACAGCAAGGCAAGAAAAGGGAAUGUGGUCCAUUAACUAAUGGCUCUUGAAAAGACACUCAAUGAAUCCAACUUGCCCUAAAACUGCCAAGUGGUAGGACAGUCUCUUCGCAUCUUGCAUCAUUUUCUGCCAUCACCUACGUGUGAUUCGUGAGUCGGAAAUUCAACCAAGACAUGUUUAAUGUAUAUUUAGAGCAUUCUUCCCGGCGGGAAUUCACGGUGCCAUUCCAUCAGGCAGUUGGCAAGCAGUCACUUGAAAUAUUAAGAAAUAUGAUUUGUGUCACACUGAUUUAUUGCAAAACAGCAACUUCUUUCUUUUUGGUUCAUUUAUAAAACAACUGUCAAAUUAAAAUGCCAAAUAGCUUUAAACAUUAGCAUUUUCACCUUAUAACCUUACAAGUGCAUCACUUUAAACAUCUGAGUAAAAGUUCAGCUCUAUGACAAUCACCUGGGAUUUACCUGCAUGGUACUAAGCAUAUAUGUAAAAAUAUUACUGAUGGGUAUCUCUGGCACUCUGAAGUGACAAAGUGUAGCCUUCACAGAUCCUUGUCAGUUAAUCAUCAAUAGUUACCUGAAAAGUGCCCACUUGCCAUCAUUCAAGAUCAACCAGGCAGACACCACAGUGAGUUUUCCAUCAAAAAACCUUCUCUAUCUGGUCAGUCUCUGCAGGUCAAUGAGACAAAGGUGUGUGCUGCACGCAGCAGUACUAUCCUAAGCUCCCUGUGUUCUCACCAUGGGGCUGGGUGGCUGGGGUGGAGGAACACAGGAUUGGGCUUCAGCUUCUCUAGGGACUGGUACAUUAAGAGAUGAAGACAUAAAAGGUGAGAAAAACAUGGUUUAUUUCCAAUGUUUCCAUUUCUGUUAAAAGUAAUGCUUUCAACAGAAAAAAAAUGCAGCAAUGUAAGUGUGUAAUUUACAAAAUAAUUUCAGGAUUUCUUUAAUCAUUAAUUUGUGGUGUGAUCUGUUAAUUGGAUUUACGUCUAAGCUCAUUUGUAAAUAACUUCAAAUAUCCAAGCCUUCCCUCACCCUUUUCCCACCUCACCUCUCCUCCUUCUCCUCCCCUACACUGGAGGACACUAUGUACAUGAAUAUAAUGUCCUGCCCUAGAGGAGUCCUGAGCCCACUUGGGAAGAAAACACCAACUCACAGGAAAACAGCAGAAAUCACACAAAACAGAAUAAAAGCAAGCGCUGAUCUGUAAGUGAAGACUUAAGUGCUAUAGGACUUCCAGCUACAAAUCCUGAAAACACGGAGUGGCUGUGAUAAUACGACUAGCCAACAUCACACAGUAGUAAUUUUGCACAUAAGGAGAACUAAAUCAAAGAAAACAAGGAAAAGAAAGUUGAGCCUAUAAUCGUGAUACAGGCACUAAAAUCUCAGGUGACAUUUUUCAAUGGGGGAAAGUCAGUCAACUUCCGAUCUCCAAACCAUCUUUACUAGCGAGCUUCCCACAAUGGUUCUAGAACCUUCCUUCAUUCCAACCCAACCAGGAUUCCAACAGACUCAUAAACACCGCAGCCUUUGAGAAAUUAAAGGGAGAACCCACCAACCGGCGCCCCACUCCCCACCCCAAGUCACCUCUGGCUCAACCAAGAUGCGCUCAGGCCAAGAAAGCUGCCCCACCCCACAGGCUUUGCCUGUCAUUUUUAACAAGCCGACUCAGCACAUCUCUCAGAUGGGCCAUGCAAGGCUUUUCGCAGCUCUUGGGGCUUUGCCUCUUCAUGAGCAGACACUCCCUCUUAGACUAAGACCUGGAGCUGGAAAGUAGGUGGUAACCGCGGUUCAAAACUCACGCUCGUCCCUGCAGAAACUGCCUAGGUCGGCCCAUGGCCACGGGGCGCCAGUUUUUCAAGGAAAAGUCAAUGCUAAUAAUGGUGGCAAUCACGGGAAAUCCAUUCUGAGGCCAGAUAUGACUUGUCAGGAUUAAUCAUCAUUUCCACUUAACUUCGAACUGACCUGGGUAAAAACGUGAGCGCGAGGGGACCAGGCUGCACCUCUGACCUGGCUCCCCUCUGCAAAAAUCGGGAAGUGGGUGCCCGAGGUGGGGCGGGGGUUGGGGGAGACCUUCCCGGGAGUCCCCACCCAGCCUGCUCUGCACAUCUUAGUCCCUCAUCCGCUUGCGCUGUGCAAAUCUGUCUUCUGUCAUUUGUAUCUCAAGACAUCAAAAUCCCCAACCAAAUGCAAAUACUGAGACCUCAUAAUCUGAGACAAAGCUUCGCGGUAUCCAGAAAGCCCCCAGCGGGUGUGCAGUGCAGAGCCAGCCGCCCAACGGUCUUCCGCAGAAUCCUAUCAGUUUCCCCCUUUCGUGCUGUGUGCAUCGAGCAGGAAGGGGCUUGGCAGAUUUUACCUGCCCUCUUUCCUUUCUGAAAAGUCUGGGCCUCCUCACCCCGAAAGGAGUCACCUCCUUGCAGUUCCCCAGUUGCGAAAAGAGGAGGAAGUUGGCUGGGCCGGGGGCCGCGGGGGGCACCCUCCGCAGAUGGCGGGACCCCCCUGCCGGCCAUGGCAAAAGCGAGGCUUGUCUCUCCCACCGCCCCCAACCUUAGUCCUUGGCACAUUGUUGAAAGUAAUUGAAUAAAAUCGGAAAUUCGAGAAGGCGUUCGUUCGGAUUGGUGAGAUUUUGAGGGGAGAAAGAAGCGGGGACUUCGCCGGCACCAGCGGCGCCCCCUCCUCGGCCACCGUUAACCCCCAUUCCAGAGGGCACUGCCCCGCCACCCAGCCCAGGUCCCCUUGCGAGAGCCUCGCGGGCUCGCGCAGCCUCCGCGACUCGAACAGAUCUUCAGUCCUUGGAGGAAUGCCUGUUUCUCUAACAAUAAAAAAUUAAAGAAGCGCUCAUAAAUGCCAAGUCCUCUCGCACUAUGCGGAGUACAGAGGACAACGACCACAGCCAUCCCUGAACCCCGCCCACCGCACAGCGCCGGAGCCGGGGCCUGGGGCGCGGCUUCCUGGGGGGUCCCGACGCUCAGCCGCCCCCGCUCCACCCGGGCCGCCAAGGGGCUGGGGGAGGCGGCGCUCGGGGUAACCGGGGGGAGACUCAGGGCGCUGGGGGCACUUGGGGAACUCAUGGGGGCUCAAAUGAACCAGGAGAUUGGGGCCUCGAAGGGGACUUGGGGGGUUCGGGGCUUUCGGGGGCGGUCGGGGGUUCGCGGACCCGGGAAGCUCUGAGGACCCAGAGGCAGGGCGCGCUCCGCCCGCGGCGCCGCCCCCUCCGUAACUUUCCCAGUCUCCGGGGGAAGAGGCGGGGUGUGGGGUGCGGUUAAAAGGCGCCACGGCGGGAGACAGGUGUUGCGGCCCCGCAGCGCCCGCGCGCUCCUCUCCCUGACUCGGAGCCCCUCGGCGGCGCACGGCCCAGGACCCGCCCAGGAGCGCAGGAGCUCCAGCGCAGAGACCCCAACGCCGAGACCCCCGCCCCGGCCCCGCCGCGCGCUGCCUCCCGACGCAGAGCAAACCGCCCAGAGUAGAAGAUGGAUUGGGGCACGCUGCAGACGAUCCUGGGGGGUGUGAACAAACACUCCACCAGCAUUGGAAAGAUCUGGCUCACCGUCCUCUUCAUUUUUCGCAUUAUGAUCCUCGUCGUGGCUGCAAAGGAGGUGUGGGGAGAUGAGCAGGCCGACUUUGUCUGCAACACCCUGCAGCCAGGCUGCAAGAAUGUGUGCUACGAUCACUACUUCCCCAUCUCCCACAUCCGGCUAUGGGCCCUGCAGCUGAUCUUCGUGUCCACGCCAGCGCUCCUAGUGGCCAUGCACGUGGCCUACCGGAGACAUGAGAAGAAGAGGAAGUUCAUCAAGGGGGAGAUAAAGAGUGAAUUUAAGGACAUCGAGGAGAUCAAAACCCAGAAGGUCCGCAUCGAAGGCUCCCUGUGGUGGACCUACACAAGCAGCAUCUUCUUCCGGGUCAUCUUCGAAGCCGCCUUCAUGUACGUCUUCUAUGUCAUGUACGACGGCUUCUCCAUGCAGCGGCUGGUGAAGUGCAACGCCUGGCCUUGUCCCAACACUGUGGACUGCUUUGUGUCCCGGCCCACGGAGAAGACUGUCUUCACAGUGUUCAUGAUUGCAGUGUCUGGAAUUUGCAUCCUGCUGAAUGUCACUGAAUUGUGUUAUUUGCUAAUUAGAUAUUGUUCUGGGAAGUCAAAAAAGCCAGUUUAACGCAUUGCCCAGUUGUUAGAUUAAGAAAUAGACAGCAUGAGAGGGAUGAGGCAACCCGUGCUCAGCUGUCAAGGCUCAGUCGCCAGCAUUUCCCAAGAUUCUGAUCUUAAAUGCAACCAUUUGAAACCCCUGUAGGCCUCAGGUGAAACUCCAGAUGCCACAGUGGAGCUCUGCUCCCCUAAAGCCUCAAAACAAAGGUCUAAUUCUAUGCCUGUCUUAAUUUUCUUUCACUUAAGUUAGUUCCACUGAGACCCCGGGCUGUUAGGGGUUAUUGGUGUAAGGUACUUUCAUAUUUUAAACAGAGGAUAUCGGCAUUUGUUUCUUUCUCUGAGGACAAGAGAAAAAGGCCAGGUUCCACAGAGGACACAGAGAAGGUUUGGGUGUCCUCCUGGGGUUCUUUUUGCCACCUUCCCCACGUUAAAGUUGAACAUUGGUUCUUUCAUUUGCUUUGGAAGUUUUAAUCUCUAACAGUGGACAAAAUUACCAGUGCCUUAAACUCUGUUACACUUUUUGUAAGUGAAAACUUUGUAGUAUGAUAGGUUAUUUUGAUGUAAAGAUGUUCUGGAUACCAUUAUAUGUUCCCCCUGUUUCAGAGGCUCAGAUUGUGAUAUGUAAAUGGUAUGUCAUUCACUACUAUGAUUUAAUUUGAAAUAUGGUCUUUUGGUUAUGAAUACUUUGCAGUACAGCUGAGAGGCUGUCUGUUGUAUUCAUUGUGGUCAUAGCACCUAACAACGUUGUAGCCUCAAUCGAGUGAGACAGACUAGAAGUUCCUAGUGAUGGCUUAUGAUAGCAAAUGGCCUCAUGUCAAAUAUUUAGAUGUAAUUUUGUGUAAGAAAUACAGACUGGAUGUACCACCAACUACUACCUGUAAUGACAGGCCUGUCCAACACAUCUAUCCCUUUUCCAUGACUGUGGUAGCCAGCAUCAGAAAGAACGCUGAUUUAAAGAGGUCGCUUGGGAAUUUUAUUGACACAGUACCAUUUAAUGGGGAAGACAAAAUGGGGCAGGGGAGGGAGAAGUUUCUGUCGUUAAAAACAGAUUUGGAAAGACUGGACUCUAAAUUCUGUUGAUUAAAGAUGAGCUUUGUCUACUUCAAAAGUUUGUUUGCUUACCCCUUCGGCCUCCAGUUUUUUAAGUGAAAAUAUAACUAAUAACAUGUGAAAAGAAUAGAAGCUAAGGUUUAGAUAAAUAUUGAGCAGCUCUAUAGGAAGAUUUGAACCUGAAUAUUGCCAUUAUGCUUGACAUGGUUUCCAAAAAAUGGUACUCCACAUACUUCAGCGAGGGUAAGUAUUUUCCUGUUGUCAAGAAUAGCAUUGUAAAAGCAUUUUGUAAUAAUAAAGAAUAGCUUUAAUGAUA